AAUGUUAAAAGCAUAUCAACUGUUAUCUCCCAUACACGAGUGUCAAUAAUUUUGUACUCGAUACAAAAGAAAAUUUAUCUCCGUAGAGUUUCAUUUCGUCAAUGUGGAAAGGGAUGAUUUAAAGAGAGUCGCAUAUCAAAGCGCAGCAUGCAGACCUAGAACAUGAAGUCGAUGGUAAUUCUUUUUAUGGUUGUAAAAACUGCUAGUUGUGUGCGGUUUUCGGAAUACAUUUGUGACGAAAUUUGUUUUCCCGACAGCGCAGCCUUAACAAGCUCUCAAUCGUCUCUUCAAUGUGCAAGACAGUGCUUGGGAAAUGAUAACUGUCGCCAGUUUCUGUAUCACAACCAUCAAGAAUCGUGUCUUAUUAACGGGGAGUUGUGUUGUACAGGAUGGAAAUUGUAUUACACAGGAAGUCAAGUGCCUGAAUUCAACAAAUCCUCUGUUCUCAGUAUUGCAACCCCCGCCAACUACCUCCAUCCGUACUACAGCUUAACAAGUUACGGUAUCACCGGAAGCGAUAGAACUUUCCUGAUUGUGGAUGUCAAGGGUUGCGGGGACGCACAUAUAGGUUUAUCCAAGAUAGAGAUGGAUUCUUCUAACCCCAUAGCUUCUUAUGAAAUUGUUAUCGGCGGAUCCAAUAAUACAUGGACAUAUGUGAGGAAGAACGGAGAUCAUGAAGCUGGUGGACAUGACGCCAUUGAUUGUGAAAAUUACGUCACUUUCUGGGUCACGUGGGAUAAUGAUGUCAUCAGGAUAGGUCGCGGAAGUGAAUUAAGGUCGAAUGAGAUCCUUUCUUGGUCGGACCCUGAUUCUGCGUUAGAUGUUAAAUAUAUCGGACUGGGAACGUAUGCCCUUGAUAUUGAAUGGCGUAUCUAUCUAUAGCAAAUAUCAACGAUUUUUUUUUAUUUCAUCCGUCAAUAUUACAAUAGAAAUAAAUACAUCUUUAUACACAUUGUGAUGGACACACAGAAGCACAAAACACAAGUAAUAAAAUCUGCUGUUUCACUGUUCAAAACAUAAAAACAAAAUUUAAAUCGAAUGGCAAAUCAAAUCCAACCGAUACAGAAUUAUCAAGGUACGUGUAACAAUGUUAUCGAUGAGGUUUAGAGAGAAGAAAAUCAUCCUUAGUUUAUGAAUUAUAUGAGAAUAUUACCUGAUCAGCAACCGAAGAAUGGCGAUCAGAAACAACAUGAAUAUCGCACGUGUUUUUAGAAUUCUUCUUAAAUUUAUUAAUUUGAUGAAUGAAAUUUCCAUAAUACUAAUAUUCAAUGAUGUUCUGAACAACCUAAUAUAAUUCAUGACAGGUAUUUGGCAUAUUCUGUAAAAAUAUGGGGGGACAUAUAAUAUAUUGGAGAUCUGGGAGUCUAAAUCUUGAAUGCAUUUAUUUCAUCUUUGAGAGAUUUACUUGUCUAUUAUAAAGCAACACGUACAUACGUACAUGCACAUUUGUUGUGUAGCUAGUAUAGAUCUGAAAGUUGGACACAUGCAUAAGCAGACUUUUAUCUUAAAGUAUAAUGAGGGUCAAUAUCAUAUCGUACGAAUAAAGAUUAAAUAUGAUGAUGUCCUUUGCCGGAUGUAUCAUUUUUUUCUCAAUCAAAUUUUCAAAAAUAUCCAAAUAUCCUAUAUACUACUUUGCCUUUUUUUUUAAUAUUGAUAUAUAUCAAUUUCUGUAUCAUUUCCUUGGUAUUGUUUUCUUCAAAAUUUGAUUAUACAUUUCCCUUAAAGAGAUCUUAAUAUGUACCAUUUUUAGAAUUACUGUUGACUCACAUGCAUGUGUUUUAAGGACAUUGUGGUAUACACAAAAAUAUUAAUCAAAAUAUAUGUUGUUGAGAUUAAGUAACAAAUAGAUCAGCUUUAUGAAAAUUAUUAUUAAUUGUUGUAAACUCCCUAUCGAUAUGUUUUACACAGGGCACAUUCUUAACACGAAAGUUCAUUUUCACCCUCUUCUAACUGGGUUCCGAUACCCUAUAAUUGAAACUAUGUGCACCAAAAAAACCUGAUAGGGAUAGAUUUCUCUCACCCCAUGCACAGCAAGAGACUUGUUCCGUAGAACAAAGUAUUAACGCAUUUAAAAACAAAGAAUUUGAGAAAACAUUUUACGCAUCUGUUUGGCAUUACCUUGAUCUGCCGUAUAUCGUGUAUGGUGCACAUAUAUACACGUAGAAUGAUCAUGCGUGGCAGCAUCGUAUGUUCACCAAUUUUGAGAAGUCAUCUAGGUGAAGUACCACAAAUUAAGACUUAUGCUCAGUGCGCAUGGCUGUAGCAGCGAGGGCUCUUUUAAACGUGCCAAUGCCUGUCGCAAAACGAGGCCUCCAUUUCAAGGUCAUAUCCGAAAGACCCGUGAUUCUAAAUACUAGCGUUUGGCAAAGGAGCAAUCACAACUUAUCUAUAUUUACGACUUGAAUUUGUUGAGAGAAUAAUAUGUACAUAGAAAUGGUACAGAAUUGAGGCCUUAUAUCGCUGUAUUCUUGAAUCAUUGUCUCAACAUUUUGAUAUGAAGUAAAUUCUAACAUAUUUAUUUCCCCACAAUAGUUUUGUUCAAAUAUACCUUCAAACAUCCUUUAAAGCCUCGUGCAAAACCCAAAACUCACAGUCUUAAAUCAUUUUGUUAUUUGACCAUUCGUUAAGUAUAAUCCGAAGACAUUUCAAUCUAGCCGUUUGUUGUUCUUAUGAAAAGGUUUCAUCAAAGGGCGACAUUUGUUUACAUACGAGGGCUGAUCGAUUUGUAAUGUGUAUUGUACCACAGCGCGCUAACGCUUUGCACGAUUUCGUGGAUGAUGAUACUUUUCAAUAGCCAUAUGCAAUACCUUUCCUACGGUAUAAACACGAGCCUUCAACUCUACAUAUUUUAAAACUUAUAGUCAUUUCAAUAGAGCCAGUCGUUGACCACCGUUGUAAAAAUUGUUGUGAAACGAGUUGAGAAUAUUGAAGAAAUUAGAGCUUAUGUAAAAAAAAAAAAAAAAAAAAAAAAAAAAAAAAAAAAGUUCGCACAAAACUCGGUCAUUCGGUAAUGUAGAUUUUUGCUGAAUUGGGGAAAGUUUAUGGGUCUGAUAAGAUAUCCUAUGAGACAGUUUGUGGAGAAGGAAUUUCUGACUGUCACAGAGAUAUCAAAGAUGUAGUAAAAUCUGGCCGAUCUGUGACUGUAACAGGCAAGACAAUGUCUCAAAUGUCAGGUAAAUAAUUGAAAGCAAUGGCAGAUACACGAUUCGUGAUAUUGCCAAAGCUGUUGGCAUAUCGCUAUCGCGGAUGCAUUUCAUUUUGAAACGUGUUUUGAAAUUACGAGAGAUUUCUCUGCCAGAUGGAUACCGCAUAUAUUGACAGAUGACCAAAAACGGGUACGAGUACAAACCGCUAAGCAAUUGCUCAAAAUGUUUUCCAAAUUCAAUCAAAGACAAUUUGCAAACAUUGUUACUGGUGGCGAAACACGUGUUCACUAUUUGGAACCAGUAAGAAAGAUUGGAAACAUGAUAUAGUUAACUCAAUACGAUAGGAGGCCUGUAAUUGACCACAGAACCAUAAGCACAAAGAAAGUUCUUUAUUGCAUAUUUUUCUCAUGUCAUGGUAUAGCCGUACCAAUCCCGGUGCCAAAGGGCAAAAGUGUUACAGGUCGGUAUUUCCGAGAAGCUCAAGAAAUAUUAUCAUAAACGACGCCCUGUGUCAGGAUUUAGGCAUGUUCGUCUUUUUCAUGAUAAUGCUCCAUCACAUACAUCUGAGCUUGUGAAGAAAUCUUCGAAGUCGCGAGAAGGUUACCGUCUUGCCACACUCACCAUACUCUCCAAAUCUAGCCCCAUGAGACUUUUUUCCAAAAUUUAGAACGUUUCUUAUCUGGUUGUCGUUACAAGUCCCAACAAGCCCUUGACUUAGCCAUCAGUCAGUGCCUCAGAGGUCUACCUAAAUCAGCAUACCGUGACUCAUUUCAAAAAUGGUUUCAGAGAUUGAAAUUAUGUAAUUCAAACCGCGGAGAAUACUUUGAAAGGAUGUAAUGUUCAUUUCACUAUUUGAGUUGAAUGCUUUCGAGAUAUCGUACAAUACACAUGGCAUAUCGAACAGCCCUUGUAAUAUGAGAGUUGCUAGAAUUUGUACGGGGACCUCUUUUGAAUGUACAUGUAUAUAUAAAUACCAUCUAGCAUUAUAAUAUGACAUUGUCUGCAAUAUGAUCUGAAAAGCGCCAAGAUAUCUACAGUGUGAUUUUCCACGAUAUUUUCUCAGGCGAUGGGGUCAAAACCGGGAUUAUGGGACACAAAAUCAUUUACAAUAGCAAUACCAACACUUUCACUGAUACCAGCCACUGGAGAAAAGGUUUUCUAAGUUGCUAAAACUAGUAACCUAUUCCUUUGUAUAUUUAUACAGUAAAAUAAUUAGGAUCAAAUCAAGUCAGCCACGUGUCAAUUACACAAUAAGCCGGAAUUCAAUUUGAAUAGAAGGAUGUCUACUGCAAUUCGAAUUGUUCACUGGUCAUUGCUUCUACAUGUGAGACUAGAUUGUCGAUAUUAUAUUUAGAAAUUCCAAGUAAAGAUAUCUUUUUUUGUU